GUUGCUCUUCCCACUUUCUCUGCCCCGACUCAAAGUCAACCAUGAAGGUAUUGAUCAUCCUGUCCUCGCUGAUUGCUGCUGUCCUCGGCGCCGGCGAUGCCAGUACUAACGCUGCCGUCGCCAAGUUCCAGGCCACCGUUAAAGCCCAGGUCGACGUCCUCUUCAAAACCUCCGACGCUAACAAGGACGGAAAAUUCGACCAAGCUGACAUGUCCUCCAUCUUCACUGAAUAUGAUGCCAACCACGACAAGUCCGUGACUGAACAGGAAUUCAUGUCCCGUUUCUCGGGGACCCAGGCUGGUCUCUCUGCCAUCGGUAAAGGACUCUUCCUUGAGUUUGACAUGGACAAAAGCAAAGCCAUCACCCCCUCCGAUCUCAACCUUUACUUCAAGAAGAUCGACCAGAAUGACGACGGCCAAGUUAGUAAACAGGAGUUUGAUCAAUAUUUCACUCAGCUCUUCACGGUCCUAUUCAUCAUCCAGGCUAACGCUCAGGCCGCAGCUGGUGGAGCCGUUACCCUGUAAAACGGUCGUCAUCACGUCUCUGUAGUCUCAUCAAGGAUCAAAAUAAACACGUAACUGUCGCGUAA